UCAUUUACAUAUGUAGUCAUUGACCUGCAUAUUAGGUGCCCUAAUAUAUUACCUAAUAUUUAAAAAAAAAUCAAGGUUGCUGUACCUAAAACAAUCAUAAAUCACCACCGACGUGUCAUAGAAUAAUUAGGCAAUUUUCCAAUAAUUAUUAAUUCCCUCCAUUAUCUAAAAUCCUGGCGACUUCAAAUAUAGAGAUAAUCGUGGAAUGUCCAAUGGACGAAAACCAGCCUCAUCAAUAUAAUCUCCACCAAAGCGAUCAAGCCUCCCCGAAAAUCGACGCAGAAGUCUCAGAAGAUGCGAAACACCACAUGAAAUGUACCGAUACAUCAUCACCAUCGACAUCAGCUCCAUUAUCAGAUAUUUCACUAGACGAAACAAAGACUGCCGAAUUUAAAAAUUCUUCAAGUGAAUUUUUUCACUUCGUGAGAUUGAUGCAGCUUUUCCCCAGCGUGCAUCCUGCAACUUUGCAUACAGUGAUGACAAUGUGCAAAAGCGAUUUUUUCGUAGCAGUAGACCGUCUGCUUUAUGCUAAACGCUGUAAAGAAUUAUACGAUACAAAGAGAAGAAUGUUUCAGUGCGCACCUAAGAACAACAAUAGAUAUGCACCUUAUUCAUGCACAUCAGAUAUUUGCGCUCAAGGAUUAUCACGCAUGCGAUCACCAAACGUCAAAAUGGAACCAACUGGAAAGAAAUCAUCAAGAAAGUCGAGAGUAGAGAAGAAUUCAAGUUCUGGACAGUUUCAAAUGCAAUUGCAACAACAACAGAUUCAUGAAUCACCUAUCACACUGCAAUGCAAUGUCCCCCUACGACCUCUAUCGCCAAUGCCUGAAGCUGAAUUGUCUUUGACUAACAAUAAUAUUGAAGGGGUUGCUGUGGAAGGCGUCGAGGUGGUUGUAACACAAGUUUGAAUGCAUUUUUCAAUUAGUUUUUAAAAGUUUAGGUGGCAAAAUAUUACAUAACAUGAUUAGAUUGCUUAUCAAAUUGAUAUCUAAUCAUUUACUUGCAAUUACUUACACAAAUUCCAACUUUAUAUAAAUCAAUAGAAUUGAUCUCAAAUUAUUUCUCCACUAAAACUUAAAUAUCAUGGUAGUGAUGGCGUUUAAAGUGUUACCUACGUUUGUUCUUCUCUUCGCUGCAGUGGACGCAUCUAGAAUCCUUGCAGCGAUCCCAACUGCAUCCUUCAGCCAUCAAGUUUUCUACCGUCCACUAUGGAAAGAACUCGCAAAACGUGGACAUGAAGUCACUCUGGUUACAACCGACCCAAUGAAAGAUCCAACGCUUAAAAACUUAACAGAAAUAGAUGUCAGUGUUGCUUAUGAUUACAAACAAAAUGAAAACAUGCAAGAGAUCUUCGAAUCAGACAAAACAAUGGCCAUUCACAAAAUGAUCGAAAUUUUAUACAAAAACACUCGGUUGUAUUUUGGACACAAAGAUGUAAAGAAUCUAUUUCUAGAUAAAAGCAUCACGUUUGAUUUAGUGAUGAUCGAAUGUGUUUUUCCUUCGUCGUUUGCCUUUGCGCAUAGAUUUGAUGCGCCGGUGAUUUGUUUAACAUCUUUGGAUGCGCAUUAUAUCAUACAUGCAGCAAUGGGUAAUCCUACACAUCAUAUUUUGUAUCCGAACUUUUUAUUACCGGUUGGUAAUCCGAUGAGUUUCACGGAUCGCUUGCUGACUGUGAUUGCUAUGAAUGUUUUAACUGCUUACAUGGAUUAUUGGGUGUAUCCUGAGGUACGGAAAAUAUUAGACGAGGAAAUUCAAGAUGAAAAAUCAGUAAUGCCUGAAUCAAGUCAAAUGUUUGAUAAAAUCGAUAUGGUUUUCACAAAUACUAAUCCAUUGUUUAAUGCUGUGAGACCUUAUAGCCCAGCGACGAUUUCCCUAGCUGGUGGUUUACAUGAAACAUCAACAAAACCAUUACCAAAGGAUCUACAGGAUUUUCUAGAUGGCGCUACUGAAGGUGUUAUUUAUUUCUCACUUGGAUCAAACGUUAAAUCUAAAGAUAUAUCAACAAAAUUACGUCAACAAAUCAUUGCUGCUUUUGAAGAGUUACCACAUAAAAUUCUAUGGAAAUUUGAAGCUGAUACACUACCUAAUCAACCUAAAAACGUUAAAAUUGUAAAAUGGCUGCCACAGCAAGAUGUACUGCGUCACAAGAAUGUGAAACUCUUUAUAACACAAGCAGGUAUGCAAAGCUUAGAAGAAGCACUUUUUGCUAGAGUUCCUAUGGUGGCAAUUCCUUUCUUUGGCGAUCAGGACGUCAACGCUCAACGUAUGGCACAGAAAGGAUUAGGGUUGACUUUGAAUCAUAAAACUAUGAGUAAAAGUGAUUUUAAACUUGCUAUUCUUGAAGUGAUACAUAAUAAGAAAUAUAAAAACAGAGUUGUUGAAGUUGCUUCGAUGAUUCAGGAUCUGCCGAUGAAACCUUUGGAACAGGCAGUGUGGUGGACUGAAUAUGUUCUCAGGCAUAAGGGGGCAGGGCAUUUAAAGGGACCACAAAUACCAUUAUGGCAGUAUUAUUAUUUGGAUGUUUUUGCUGUUAUUGGAGUAGUUUUAGGGGUUAUUUUGUUAAUUUUUAUUAAAGUUACAUGCUAUGUAAAGAGAUUUAUCUGCGGGAUGGUUAAUAAGAACAUGAAGGCAUCAAUUAAAACAAAAAAGUCUAAAAGUAAGAAGGAAUAACUAUGAUGUAACAAAAUAAACAGUAACCAUUAAA